UCAAACACAUAGAAAAAGCAAAAGUGGUGGUAGUAAUCAAACACAUAGAAAAAGCAAAACUGGUGGUACCUCGAUUGGGCCUUUCCUCAGUAGUAAGCUCGCUUUAGCUUCAGUCCCUUACCAUGUCAGGACGGCUCUGCAUUCCUGGACGGAAACCAUUCGCGGACAUUACCCACGGUCCGGACAUGGCCAGUGGUUGAAUCUGGGCCGAAGCCAUUGUGGCACACUACGCGGAAAUCAUAUCCAGGCUAUAUCCUUGACAUAGCAAUUAGUGCCGGCCAGCAAGCAACUGCUGCAGGACCAGAUUUCUGGCCCGAAAGAAUUGGAGACAUGGCGGCCCAGAAUACAGUAGUAAGAGGGAAGCUUGAGCCCUUAAAGAGGAAGCCCAACUAAAUCUGCCAUCACUUUUAUGCCCCCACCUGGGUUACAGACCCGCGUUACCAAGCCCGGCGAUUAUAUCUCCACACCCCUGCACUUAUUAAUGGUUAAGAAUGUGAACAAAGUUCCGAUGUGGGAUCAUUAGCAAGCUUCGCUUUCUUGAGAUGGAUCGAUCAAAAGCUACGGAAUUUGGUGGUUUAGAAGCUUCAUUACUCCAAAUGAUCAAUGCCCACAAUCAAUCUGCAGUCCAACUUCGUGAACAUACAGAGAAAGCGAAGAAAGAUGCAAUCACAAGUGCGAAAAGGGUUGCAACCCUUCUGGUGGAUUGUGUUAAUGGAGGUGUGCAGGAAGCGUUUAUAAUGGAGAAAAGGAUUGAGAUGGAAAUUCGAUUAUUAGCUGCUGCUAUAUUGCGGUUUGGGAAGAAUACUGAUCAGUGGCUUGCUGCUUCUCAUUCCAUCAAUACUGCAAUAAAGGAGAUUGGAGACUUUGAGAACUGGAUGAAGACCAUGGAAUUUGAUUGUAAAAGUAUCAAUGCUGCAAUCCGCAACAUUCAUGAAUCAUGACUUGUUUGGGUAACUCUCAACUUAUUCAUUAUUGUUAUGAAGUAUUCAGAGGAUAUGAUUUGUAUGUUACAGUUAGCAUCUAAAUCUUAUAGAGGAAAUAGAUUCUGGGUUUCAUAAAGUGUGUUUGCUGGUGGUAAUUCUGAGUUUGCAGUGCAAAAUGUGGCUCUUUGAUUAGGAUGUUUUCCCUUUCAGUUACAGCUCUUGCUGAUAUUUACUCAUUUGAUUCAUGAAAAUGCUUUGCUUCAAACCCCUACUUCUUUUCCUAAACUCUGAAGAGUUAAAUCGAGGGUUUUCUGAGGCUUUUACUCUGGCUUUCACAAUUUGGUGGAGUUUGGGGAAUAGGUGUUUAUUGCUGUAACCCUAGAGUAUGUGAUCUCAACAGUUCGCCUUGUUUUCGGCAGAUACAUUCUAGUGCUAUAAUGUACCAUAAUUAAGAUAUUUUUAUUUGAGGCCUGAUAUUAAUGCAUUGAUUACGAUUUGUUAGACCACCCGUGAACGAAGGUGAUGAAUGAAUAUGCUGCCAACAUUAGUUAUGUGCCGAUACGUAAGAUAUAGAUUGCACCAAAAAAAUGGUGUACAUCAAAGUGGCUUCGCCCACAACAAAAGCAAAAUGAGUUGAAACUUUUACAUCACUGUUGCAAUACCUCUAAAACCUUUUGGAUGUCCAGUAAUUCUUUUUCCUUAGAGAUCAAGAGAGAGUUUUUCCCUUUGGUGUCCUUUUUUUGAGCUUGGUACCAGCUUAACAGGUCUGUGUAGAAGUGGUUGGAAUGACCUAUGGUCUGAUGUAAUGCUUCUAGGAUGCUUUUACGAUUUCGCACAUUAACUUUAGUUGAAUGUAGAAGUUCUAGAACGGUUUUACAAAUUUCACAAAUCAAAGGUUAGUUGGAUAGAUUUCACUUCUCAACUCUGCUGUUGCUCUUCUCUUUCUCUAAGAUUCUGUAAGUAAAGAUCCCCAGCAGAAAGCCAUAUUUUAUGUAGUUUCUGAGGAUAAUUGGGCUGGAAUUCUGGAAGAGCAUGUUCUUUGUUAUACAUUACAAAGUUUACAGUUCUUUUAGUGUGGAGUGCUCUUGGGCGCCUCUUAAGAUUUACUUGGCCAUCUUUAUCUCUCUUUAUCCUAACCGCUUUGUCUAUCAUCUUCGAUAAACUUUCAUCGCCUUUCACUUUAACUUGAAAAGGAUGAGCAUGUAUAACAAUAUAGAAUGAUUGCACUAACUCUUGUUAUUGAUGUUAGUGGAGCUUAAUGUUCUUUGAAUCAAUUAUGUUUAAUGUCUACAAGAAUGAACAUGUGCACUGAUCUUUGUAUCCGUUAAUUAAUUUUGUUGGUCAGAACUCCUAUGGGAUAAGCUAAAGUUUGCAUUUUGUCGCUGUUGGUUUUGCAGAGUUUAUCAUUAUCAGGGUCAUAAUUUCCAGAGCAUAAAUUUUCACCUGUUAGUCCUUUGAUUGUGAGGCACACGAGUGUCAUCAUAUUCAAGGUUCAAUUUGCCUACCAAGUUUCUUCGAGCUAUCCUUUCAUUGUCAGACUUGAAGGAUCAUCUGGAACAUAACGUUUGCUGUUAAAGAAAUCAAGCUGAACAGACUCCUGCUGAUAUUCAUGUUUGCCAAAUCAUUAAGUACAUCAAUGCAGAAUGGCAGUUUCUGCUGUAAUCUUUUUUUGUCCACUUUUCCUAUGUUCGGAACCUUGCUGUAUAUAAGCUACUACCAUUAGUCUAUAAUAACGGCUACAAUUUGCAUUAUUUGUUGUAAAUUUGCCAGUUUGUAGUCUUGUAGACGUUUAACUAUUCAGAUGCCUAGAAUUUUUGGUAGGCCUUACAGAAAGAGUAAUGAAUCUCACUGACCACUUUCCCUUGCUUUCUCACUUCCAGUAGCCAGGCUAUUUCUAGCUUUUGCAUUCCAAUAUCAAAAUCAAAAGCUAAUAGCCUUAAUACCAGUUUCGGGCCUCAACUAGGUCAAAUUCCCUCUUACAUCUACAUGCACAUCAUUCUUUAUUCCAUAUCAAAAUCUUCUGGGUUACGUUGGCUUUGCUAUUUGUUGUGACUACGAACAAUGGCUAUCAAGAAGAUAUCAGAGGCACCAUUCCAGUCUCCAGAUAAUAUGCAUACUUUCAUCUUGGAGCUCAGUGCAUGAUAAUCACAAAUCACAACAUUUCUUCAAAUGAUUGUUUCAACUGCAGACAUCUCUCACAUAAAAUCCCAAAAGAAAAAUUAUUCAACACACGCUACAGGAACAACAUUUCUUAUAUCACACCAACAAAGGUCUGGUACAAAGAAAACCAAGAUACAUACAAGAAACCUCAAAUUCACUUUCGUCUCCCACUCUCCCUAAUAAUGUACAAGUAUAGUUUCCUCAAGUAUCAUACAACUUAAAUUUAUACAGAAUGAACGUACAUUGCUAGUAUGAUACAAGGAAUGGAAGGAUCAUGGUCAUGAAUGUAUCAUAACUCAAAGUUGCAGAGCCAGUAUAACGAGGAUCCUUCUCCUUGAACUUUUCAGUCAGACCCUGCAUGUAUUUUGACAAAUGUAGGCAUCAGCGAGAAUCAUAAAAGAUGUCAUGAAAUAAUUUGCCACAAACUGUAAAAAGGAGAGUUGCUAAAUAGAAAGUGAAAUUUUAUGCAUACCUUCACAAUCAUCCCACAUCUGCAGAGAAGAGAAAAAAGGCUCAGUUAAAUAAGUUACACACUGGUGCCUCCCUUCAAAUGUAAGGGAAUGAAAGAAGAAAUAGGAUGGUCAAGGGAUAAUGCGAGGAUCCUUACUCAACAAAACUGUCAAAAUUGAGUUCAACCCUUCUGCCAUUCCCUUCAUUGUAUCUGGAAACAAGAACUUGAAAAACAGAAUUGGGUACUGCAUAGCCAAUGCUAUGCAGAGCAUCUCUUAGUUCUGUUGCAUCAAUUUUCCCACUACGAUCUCUAUCAAAUCUUUCAAAUAUAGCCUAAAAGGAGAAAUACAAUGGUUAACAAAUUGUUUGAAAGUUAAAAGCCUGAAGAAAAACACGAGGAAAGAAAAUGAAUAAAAUGAACUUGUUGGACCAGUUACAGGAAUAGAAAAAUCUUACUAAGGAAGAAAGUACACUAUAAGUUCAAAACCCCAACCACUGCUCCCAGAACCAUAAUGAAAUUGAAAGAAAAAACAUUAUACCAUGAGAGGUUUUCAAAAUCUUUGGUUAGUACCAAGAAAAAGAAAUCUAAUAACCUCAAGUUUUUAUAAGAUAUGAAUUAUACAUGCUUACAGGGACAAGAUAACUCAUUAGCAACAUUUCACAAAAUGCACCGAGUCCAUUAGGGCCAAAUACUUCUUGGUUUAGAGUAUACUCCUCGACCGUUGAUCUAGGAAGAUGACAAAAUCACUCACAUAACAUAGUUCUUUCUACCCUACAUCAAAUAAGCAGAAUAUAUCCAAAGAGUUUCUGCUAAUGAGAUGCUUAUUCUUUGAAAAAUUAUGCUUUACAGUUUUAAUCACCAGCAAUCAUACCACUUAUGCAGAUACAGGCAAGUAAAGACAACCAUGUAAGAUUACUGGCUUGCAUACAGACACUACAUACGUCGACCAGCUCGUAUAAGAAUAAUCUCAAGAAGUAAACAGAAGACAAGAGUUAAAGGAAAACAAACCCGCCAUUGACUGAGACAGCUCCACAAAGCAGCAAAUUCUUUGGGCCCUACAGUUUGAGGCAAGCAACACAGAUCAAAGUCAAUACGACAGAGAUUGACAGAGUAAAUCAGACAGUUCCACAAACAAAAAAAUACUCAUUAACGGGAAGGGGAAAGAACAAUAACUGUUUAUUUAUAAUUGUACAAAAAUGUAAAACAAAUUGUAAACAAAUCACAUUGUAGCAAGCAAAAUGUACCAAAACUGCUCUGCAUUAAUAUUUCUCUUCUGAAAGAAAUUACAAAAACUUAUAUAGAUUUCAAGUCAACAGUCAGCAGAAAUGGAAAAUUUCGUACUAGAAGGAAUCAAAGGUUACGAUCAGUCUAGCUCUAACCCCCAGAUUUCCUAAUUUGAUCUUACAUAAUGCCAAGUUUCUUUUGUACACCAGUUCUUCAGUUUCACAAAAUAGUAAUCAUAGACACAUUUGCAGUUAACUGUUCAUGAGCCCAUAAAACAAGAGGCUCAACUAACAGAUUGUCAUGGAAAAAACCAAGAUAUCUCCUUUUGACAUUCUGGUUUAUAUUCUGGUCAUAAACAUCUCUCUUACUGAAAAUCAUUGGUUGUUACAACUUAUACGAAACUUUGUAUCGCCACAAAGAUUUGUCAUGGCGUUAUUCCACUCAGCAGAAACUGAGAGCAAAAUUUUUCUGAUAACAAAUAUCACAUUCUCAAAUUCCAAAAACUUAAUCUUUUCUCAAAUAAAAACUAAAAAGAAUGUAUUUUAGGUUCAGUGGAUGCCUAAGUAAGGAUCACUCAAAGCUGUAAAGAAGAAAUAUAUUAUUCAUUAUUAGCUAAUAUAAACGUUAAAAAAGUUCACACUGUGUCCCUGAACUCUUUUUUACAAAUAGCAAAAACAGUGAGCAAAGAUAAUUUAAAACGAAAUUAAAAAAUAACAUAUAAUAUGAAAAAGCCACGUAUUGAAACUAUGAAACCAGGAAAUCUCACCGAUUCUGAGUGCAGAAUCAGAUGGGUUUUUGAAGAGAAAGAUCAGCAAACGGAUAGUCCGCAAGCUAAAGCGUUGAUAAUUCGAAGAUAGAGCUUGCUGGAGCUCAGUUUCCUCAAUGAACCCGCUCCGAUCCCGGUCCACCAUCUGGAAGCUCCGAAUGACCUCCGGAUCAGUCCCCGGCGGGAAAGAAGCCGGCGGAUUGUACCCAGGAUAAUACUGCUGCUGCUGCUGCUGCUGCUGAGGUGGUGGAUACCCAUACCCGUAUUGCUGACCCGAACCAUAACCCCCGCUGCCGUAUUGACCCGGAUAUUGAUAAGGGGCGGAGGCCGGCGGGGAAGAGGAGGAAGUGGAAUGGUGGUAGUAAUAGUCUUGAGGAUUGGGCGCCCGAGAUGGCUGAUACGGGUGGGCUAAGUGGGGCUCAUCCGGGCCGGGUAUGGGUGGGGCAGAGGGAGAGUAUGCAGCUUUGUUAUUGUUAUCGUUUCUGUUGAAUGAAGGAGAAGAAGAAAACUCCAUUGCUGUUUCUGUGUGUGUACUAAAAUGGGCGUGUUUUUGGUUUGAGCU